CCGAUCUGCGCAGAUCUCGGAGAAUCCAAAAUGAUUAGCUCCUUAAAGCUCAACCUCAUCUUAGUCCUGUCGCUGUCCAUGGUACACACGUUUUGGUGUUAUCCGGUUCUCUCUUCCAAGGUGCCUGGGAAGCCUGAUUACUUUCUCAUCUUACUGAGCAGCUGCCCAGCCAGGCUGGAGGGGGGCGAAGGACUAGCUUUCCUAAAGCCAAUUUUGGAGAAGACGUCGAUGAAAAGGUCCUUUCGCAACGGAGUCGGCUCAGGGGUGAAAAAAACUUCAUUUCAAAGAGCAAAGCAAUGA